UUGAAUGGGAAAGAAGCUUGUGGCGGCAGUCCGUCCAGUGGCUGUGGCGGCCGGUCCCCGGGAUUCGCUCGUGGGGGGCACAGAUCCUCCGUCCCUUCCUCCCUCCGCAGGUGUUCCCUUCGUUCUUUUCCCUUCCCCUUUCGCAGGGGACAGAGGGGUCUGGCAAGUGCUGCAGCGGCCGGAGUAGGAGGAGGAGGAAGAGCAGGAGAAGGAGGAGGAGCACCGCCCCCCCCCCCCCCAGUUGCAUCUCUGCACUUGAGCCCCGGGCCGCAAGAGCUACCCUUUGCCAGGAGGCAGGAGACCACUUGGGAUUUGAUGCUGGACAGAAAGUCUUGGAAUAAUGAGUUAUUGGAGCCUCGAGAAGAGGAACUGUGUGCGAUAUCGGCGGCAUUUCUUAGUAGAUAAUAGUGUAUUUCACGUUGAAAGAUGCAUGAGCGUAAUGCAGUCUGGGACCCAGAUGAUCAAACUGAAGAGUGGAAGCAAAGGCCUCGUUCGGCUCUUUUACCUGGAUGAGCACCGCACCCGGCUGCGAUGGCGACCCUCACGGAAAAGCGAGAAGGCAAAAAUAAUCAUUGAUUCAAUUUACAAAGUCACUGAGGGCCGGCAAUCAGAGAUCUUCCACCGACAGGCUGAGGGGAGCUUUGACCCAAGCUGCUGUUUCACCAUCUACCAUGGAAACCACAUGGAGUCACUGGACCUUAUCACCUCCAACCCAGAGGAGGCAAGGACCUGGAUCACUGGCUUGAAGUACCUGAUGGCUGGAAUCAGUGACGAAGACUCUCUUGCCAAGCGACGGCGAACCCAUGACCAAUGGGUGAAGCAGACCUUUGAAGAGGCUGACAAGAAUGGGGAUGGCUUAUUGAAUAUCGAAGAGAUCCACCAACUGAUGCAUAAACUCAAUGUGAACCUGCCCCGCCGAAAAGUCCGGCAAAUGUUUCAGGAAGCCGACACUGAUGAGAAUCAGGGGACUCUGACGUUUGAAGAGUUCUGUGUUUUUUACAAAAUGAUGUCUCUGAGACGGGACCUGUACUUGCUUCUCUUGAACUACAGUGACAAGAAGGACCACUUGACCGUGGAAGAGCUGGCCCAGUUUCUGAAGGUCGAACAAAAGAUGACCAACGUGACAACAGAAUAUUGUCUUGACAUCAUAAAGAAGUUUGAAGUUUCAGAAGAAAACAAGGAGAAGAAUGUCCUUGGCAUAGAAGGCUUUACAAACUUCAUGAGGAGUCCUGCCUGUGAUGUCUUCAACCCACUGCACGCGGAAGUGUUCCAAGACAUGGAUCAGCCCCUCUGCAAUUAUUACAUUGCCUCCUCUCACAACACCUACCUGACUGGUGACCAGCUCCUCUCUCAGUCCAAAGUGGACAUGUAUGCCCGGGUGCUGCAAGAAGGCUGUCGCUGUGUGGAAGUUGACUGUUGGGAUGGCCCAGAUGGAGAGCCAGUGGUCCACCAUGGUUAUACUUUCACUUCAAAAAUCCUCUUCCGAGAUGUCGUGGAGACAAUCAAUAAAACUGCCUUCGUAAAGAAUGAGUUCCCAGUGAUCUUGUCCAUUGAGAAUCACUGCAGCAUUCAACAACAGAAGAAGAUUGCUCGGUACCUAAAGGAAAUUUUCAGUGACAAACUGGACUUGUCAUCUAUCGACACAGGAGAUUCCAAGCAGCUUCCCAGCCCACAGAGUUUGAAAGGAAAAAUUUUAGUGAAGAAUAACGGAACAACUGAUCACCAAGUGGAAUCUUUCAUCAGGAAAAAACUGGAAUCCCUAUUAAAAGAAUCUCAAAUCAGAGACAAAGAAGACCCUGACAGUUUCACUGUGAGAGCUCUGCUGAAAGCUACGCACGAAGGCUUAAAUAUGCAUCUGAAGCAGAAUCCAGAGGUGAAAGAAAGUGGAAGGAAAUCUCAUGGACGUUCCCUCAUGAGCAAUUUUGGAAAAUAUAAGAAAACAUCAAAGACACGGUCCAAGUCUAACAGUACCGAUGAUGAUGAGGAAGGGCAACAUAAUUCUUCUGGAAAGGAGGGCGGCCAGCUCUACAGGCUCGGCCGCAGAAGAAAAACCAUGAAGCUCUGCCGGGAUCUCUCCGAUUUAGUAAUAUAUACCAAUUCGGUGGCAGCCCAAGACAUAGUGGAUGAUGGGACAACAGGAAACGUGUUAUCCUUUAGUGAAACGAGAGCCCAUCAAGUGGUGCAGCAGAAGUCAGAAGAGUUCAUGAUUUACAACCAAAAGCAGCUGACCAGGAUCUACCCAUCUGCCUACAGAAUUGACUCCAGCAACUUCAACCCACUGCCCUACUGGAAUGCUGGUUGCCAGUUAGUUGCUCUGAACUACCAAUCCGAAGGGCGUAUGAUGCAGUUGAAUCGAGCCAAAUUCAAGAUGAAUGGGAACUGUGGCUACGUCCUCAAACCCCAGCAGAUGUGCAAAGGUACGUUCAACCCUUUCUGCGGCGAUCCACUGCCUGCCAACCCUAAAAAACAGCUCAUUCUGAAAGUGAUUAGCGGCCAGCAGCUCCCGAAACCUCCAGACUCCAUGCUAGGAGACCGUGGUGAGAUCAUUGACCCAUUUGUAGAAGUGGAAAUCAUUGGAUUGCCUGUGGAUUGUUGCAAAGAGCAAACGCGUGUGGUGGAUGACAAUGGAUUUAACCCUGUCUGGGAAGAGACGCUGACAUUUACUAUACACAUGCCGGAUAUAGCUUUGGUUCGCUUUCUUGUUUGGGAUCACGAUCCCAUUGGAAGAGACUUCGUUGGACAAAGAACAGUGACUUUUAGUAGUCUUGUGCCUGGCUACCGUCAUGUCUACUUGGAAGGCCUGACAGAAGCAUCCAUAUUUGUUCAUAUAACAAUCAAUGAAAUUUAUGGCAAGUGGAGCCCUUUAAUCCUCAACCCCAGUUAUACCAUAUUGCAUUUUCUAGGCGCUACAAAGAAUAGACAACUUAUAGGCCUGAGAGGACUUUUCAAUAAGAACCCCAAACACAAUUCUUCAGAAAAUGGUUCCCAUUAUGUCCGCAAGCGAUCCAUCGGGGAUCGUAUUCUGCGCCGUACGGCUAGCGCUCCAGCGAAGGGCCGCAAGAAAAGCAAAAUGGGUUUCCAAGAAAUGAUGGAGACAAAGGAUGGUGCGUCGGAGGCGACUGGGUCAAGGGAGAAAGAUGGCGGCAUCCUCCGCAGAACCACAAGGAGUUUACAAGCUCGCCCAGUUUCUAUGCCAGUUGACAAAAGUCUUCUGGGGGGUUUGUCGCUCCCCACAUCUGAACCAGCCAAAGAAACUGAAGGCAAAGAAAAAACAUUUGCAGAAAAUAAGGCCAAUGCAGAAAGUGGGAAAACUCAUGCAAAAGAACAAAGCUUGAUCAGUCUUGAUAAAAAGCUGUCUUCACCCUCUUCAACUCUCCAUAAAGAUGGCGGCCAGGUGGAUCCUGUUGUCUCUCUUGCUCAUUAUGCACUGCCCCUAGAGGAAGAGUCAGGAGCCCCCAUCUAUCAUGGUGGGAAUGCCCAAUCAGAUGUGCCCAAAGACUGUCAGAAAAGUCUGUCUCCCAAACAACUCAUCUCACCAAGACAAGCCAUGAGUAUUAGACCUGCCAGGGACCCACGCUGUGCUGUAAGUGAUAUAGGAACAAAGGAAAAUGGAAAUAUCUUUCUUUCAGAAACAAAUAGAACAUUGUUAGAAAAUGCCCCUUCUCAGAGUGAACUGGAGAUUCCAAAUGCUAAGGAGGCUACUCGAAUGGCAAGCAGUGUUGUGACAUCCUUUUCAAUGAUGGACAUUUCUGCUGUUUGCUCUAAUGGGCAGGACUUGCAUUCCACUGCAAUCAUGCAGGACAGUGAAAUUUCGCAACUUAUUGACAAUAUUACUUUAACAAACGAGAGUGAACUUGGCAGCUCAAUCUCGGCACUGAUUAGCCAGUUUGAUGCCACCAAGGAUCAAAUAAACCUCAGAGCUAUUUCUAGACUUCCAGAUAUCAGUGGUCAGACUUACGGUAUGAUGUCAGGACAUCCUUCCUUGCUCACUUUUGAUUCAAAAACAACCCUCAAAAAUAACUUUUCUAAGUCAAAACCUACAUGGUCCUCUCAGUAUUCAUCCCCUGAGACAACUGUCUGCUCUAGCCCCGAGACAACAGAGUAUUCCACAUAUACCAUCAUUCAUGAGGCAGCUCUCACUCCAGUCACUGGGUCCGAAUUCAUGGAUGAAUGUAAUGGGAAGACCAACUUCCUGGCGUCAGAAGGUGGCAUUGCUCGUCCAUCCCCAUUAUCUAAAAGUCCCCAGAAGAAUUAUGGAAAGGAUUGGGAAAAUGGCUCAACUUUUGGCAUGUCCACUUCUAAUGAUUUGACCCUGGACGGUAUAAUUGAUCAUACUCUUUGUCAAAAUUCUGGAGAGAGUAGUCUAGAAGAAAUUGGUGAAGACUCACAAGAUCUCUUGGUAACGACCCAUGAGUUUAAGAGGGAGGAUAUGAGUCAACUUGCUUCCCCUUUGAAACUAAAACAUUGCCAGGAGGUGAACUCACCCUGUCCAAGAAACUCUGGAAAUGGCUUCCUCCAACCGUCUACCCUUGACCUUUCCAACCACAUUCAAAUGUUAAAAACCCGGAGUAUUUCUUGUCCAGCUUAUCAGAGUUCUGGCUUUGUGUGUAAUAAUUAUUUCCAGUGUCCAGAGGUCCCAAACAAUGCAACUUGUCUACCCCAGGGAUCUGAUUCUCAAGGUCUACAGCAACCAGCAUGUCCUUUGCAAUCCCGAAAACAGCCAAGCCCUUGCAAAUCCAAAAGCCUGGGAGACUUGACAUCAGAGGACAUCUCUUGCAAUUUUGAAAGCAAGUACCAGUGCAUCAGUAGGAGCUUCAUUAUGGCAGGUCUGCGAGACAAGAAGAGUGUGCCCUUCAGAGCCAAGGGGAUGGAGCCUGUGGAUACUCUGACAGAACAGCUCCGAAAACUUGUGUCCUUUGACCAGGAAGAUUGUGGACAAGUGCUGGGGCCAUGGCCAGAGGAGAGAGAGUACCCCAAGGCAUUGGUCAGGAAGCUGUCAUCCCGAAGCCAGAGUCGUGUGCGGAACAUUGCCAGCCGUGCCAAGGAAAGACAAGAAGCGGGCAAGCAGAGGUCUUCCCCCUCCAGUAGUGGUGGAGGUAUAGUCUUGAGAACCAAGUCUUCGGUCCCUGCACAGGUGGUGAACAGACAUUCCACUGGCUCUUACAUAGCAGGGUAUUUGAAUAAUCUCAAAAGUCGAGACCUCGAAGGCCGUGGCAUUCCGGAGGGGGCAUGCACUUCUCUUUUCAACGGCUACAUCGACCAGUUUUGUACGGACGAUUCAGUACUCCAGACUGAACCAAGCAGUGAGGACAAACCAGAAAUUUAUUUCCUCCUGAGACUCUAAAUGGUGCCGUUGGACUAGUUUUCCCCCAGAGCUCCAGGUUUCGCUUCUCUUUCUGUUGGGCAGUCCUUGGCUCCAGAAUGGGUAUUUUUUGAGCUGAGGAGCACUGGUCUCCCUUUGAUCAAAUGUGGUCCUCCUGUGGACAAUUAUGUAAAUAGAUGCUGUGUUGUUUUCCCAAGGUUGCCUGAGUCUUUCUUCAGUGUCGUAAAAUGUUUCAGUCUUGGAAUAAAUGCAUGCCUGUCAUCGAUGUGAAGGUUCUACAUUGGCCCGAUUCAUACCUGUGUACAUUUGAAACUAAGUGCUUCUGUCCCUCUGUGCACGCCUUCAGAAUCCAGCAGCAAAUAUAAUACGUUGGCUGCUUCCCCGACCCCCAAAUUGUGGAGAUGCUAAAGCAAGAGUCUGGGAAAAAAUAGCCUAUUGACUUUCUUUUUUAAAACGUAUUUUCAUCUCUCCUAAUUGUAUUUCCUUUUUCAUGUUGGUUAAAGAAGACAGACACCUUGAUUUCUGUGAAUGUUGCAAUUUAGUAAUUGAGGUAAGGAAGCAAAUCCAAUCACCUUCUCCUGCCUGGUUAGGCUUUACUCACCCUAAUUCAGGUGGGAGACUUCCUACAAACCAAGAACUGGCUUUCGUCUUGUCUUUUUUCUUUCUUUUUCCAUCUGUUUUUGGAGUAGGAGUGAGGGGACAAAAAGCGAAAGAAGAUAUUUUGUACAUAAGGAUAGGAAAAUAUUCGUUUUACAUAAAUUUUGUUACAUAUUUUUGCUACUCGCUUUGUAUGUGACUUGAAUUCUAUUGUGAAGACAUUUGCUGUACUUUGUAAUUUUCAGACUAAUUGGUUGACUGGAAGUUUUAACUUUAUAGAGAAAAAGGGGGGAUUUGAAUUACACUCUAGAAGGAAUAAUAGUAAUAAUAAUAAAAGAGCAGAAAAACUUCCCAACAUAUCAGAAAAAAUAUUUUCUCAAUAAUAUUAAAGGCCAAAAAAAACCUGGUCAUUAGAAAUAGUUUCCCCGUAGGGAUCUGGAACAAAUUUGGCUAUAUUUUUAAUACCAAUACGCUUUGCUUUCACUGUGAACACAUUUCUGAUUGUACGUUUGAGAUACCUCCUUUUUUCUUUUGGUAAAAUGAAAUACAGUGAUAUUCACAGAAUUCAUGAAAACACAAUUAAAAGAUUUUUAAGCACUUGUAUGAAUUUGUUGAAAUGGAAACAAAUAUAAUUCUUGUUGAACUGGA